CACUCAUUCGAAAAGGAGCAUCAUGGUCCCGCCACUUCCAGUCUUCCUCCGCUUCUAAGGUGCAAAACACGCGAGGUGCUCAAUGGAGUUAAAGGAGCAAGCCAUCCUCGAGAGGUGCGAGGUGUAAACCCGGGUGUUUCUUUUCAAAGUUUCAAAGGCAUCAUUUCUCCCAUGUACUGCCACUGCCAGUUAAAAAAAAAAAACUUUUUAAUAAAAAAUAAAAAUCCCAACCACCGUCUUCUCCAUUACAGCUUCUCUCAGAAGCCCCUGCAAUUCCCCCUUUCUCUGUUUAUGUAUUUAUUCGUACAUACAUGUAUAUGUAUAUAUGGCUUGGUUACUGUACGGCCGGCAGUAUCCUGUUCUUUUGGAAUUUGAUAUAUAGAGGCUGAGACUAUUUUCUAGAGAGAGAGAAAGAGAGAGAGAGGGAGAUAUUUUUGAAUUGAAGAUGAAUGUGGCAGGGAGACAAAUGUCGAGAUCCAGUUCGACGGCGCAUCACCACCGGCAGUAUUCCGAUAAUUUCCUUGACAAUGGCAGAUGGCUUCAAUCGGCUUCGCAGGACUUCGGAUACGGCUCAAGGAUGAACCGGAGCAUGCUGUCAAUGGACCCGUUGACGCCUCCGGUUUGUUCGCGGUCAUCGAGUAUGAGGAAGAUUGGCGAUGAUUACGUGUCGCCGUGUGAGCUCAGCCCUGGCUUGCUCGAUCUGCAUUCUUUUGAUACUGAGCUAUUGCCUGAGGUGUCCGUUCCCAGCCUACAUGAGGGAUACUUGCAUAAUCAACCUGCUCGUGGUAAAAGUUUUGAUGACUCCGAAUCUUAUCUUGCAGCCAGCAAACUGACAAGCACAGCCCGAAAUUUGCCUGAGAAUAACUUUCUUAAAAGUUUCUUAGGGGACAAAGAAAGAGCCAACAAUGUUGCAAAGAUCAAAGUCUUGGUACGCAAGAGACCAUUAAAUAAGAAGGAAACAUCAAAGAAAGAGGAAGAUAUCAUUACCAUAGAGCCAAAUUCCAAUGCUCUCACGGUUCAUGAAACCAAACUUAAAGUUGACCUAACAGAAUAUGUGGAGAAACAUGAAUUUGUUUUUGAUGCUGUGCUGAAUGAAGGUGUUUCAAAUGAUGAAGUGUACUCUGAGACUGUGGAGCCUAUAGUUCCUCUAAUUUUCCAUAGAACAAAAGCAACCUGCUUUGCAUAUGGGCAAACAGGGAGUGGAAAGACUUAUACCAUGCAACCAUUGCCUCUCAAAGCUUCCCAAGAUAUAUUAAGACUAAUGCACCACAUGUACAGGAACCAGGGAUUUCAAUUGUUUGUCAGUUUCUUUGAGAUAUAUGGAGGGAAGCUUUUUGAUCUCCUCAAUGAUCGGAAAAAGCUUUGUAUGAGGGAAGAUGGGAAACAACAAGUGUGCAUUGUGGGUUUGCAGGAAUUCAGAGUAUCAGAUGUUGAGGCAAUCAGGGAGUUCAUUGAGAAAGGAAAUGCCACUAGAAGCACUGGUACAACUGGUGCGAAUGAGGAAUCCUCCCGAUCACAUGCUAUACUUCAGCUUGCCAUCAAGAGAUCAGUUGAUGGUUCUGAAUCAAAGCCUGCUCGACUUGUAGGAAAGUUGUCUUUCAUAGAUCUGGCUGGAAGUGAGCGCGGUGCAGAUACUACUGAUAAUGACAAACAAACGAGAAUGGAAGGUGCUGAAAUUAACAAGAGCUUACUGGCUUUGAAAGAAUGCAUUAGAGCUCUUGACAGUGACCAGGGUCACAUUCCCUUCAGAGGGAGUAAGCUGACUGAAGUUCUUAGAGAUUCGUUCGUUGGUGACUCACGCACUGUUAUGAUAUCAUGUAUUUCACCAAGCUCAGGAUCAUGUGAACACACUCUUAAUACACUAAGAUAUGCUGAUAGGGUGAAGAGUCUUUCAAAAGGGAACAACUCCAAACGGGAUCCACUGUCUUCUUCAAACCUUAGAGACUCAACUGCAUUGCCUUUGACAUCAGCUUUGCCUAAUGAAGCAACCUUUGAUGAUAACAUAGCUGAUGUUCCCAAUGGAAAGAACAUGUUUGCAUGGGCUAAACCAACAGAAAGGGAAACAUCUCCGACGUUUAAUUUGGAUCGUGUUCCAAGUGGCAGGGCAGAGGGACAUGCAGCUGCAUCCGUGUAUUCAGAUUAUUACAAGUCCCAGACAGGUGGUCAAAACGGCAUUGCUGAGGAUGAUUUUGAUUACACAAAGGAAGCUUUUGAACAAGAAAAACCAUUAUGGAUGAACAAUAAUAAAGCAGAAAGCUAUGAAAUUUCAGCUUUGGAGGAUAAGCGAAGAAAUGAUGCUCCAAUGAAAAGGAGAGAUGUCCCACACUUUUUGGCAAAUAAUUCUCACUCAGAUGAUAAUCAUCUGAAUGCCCUGUUGAAGGAAGAAGAAGAUCUUGUAUCUGCCCACCGUAAACAAGUGGAGGAGACAAUUGAUAUUGUUAGGGAGGAGAUGAACUUGCUAGUUGAAGCUGAUCAACCAGGCAAUCAGCUGGAUGAUUAUAUCUCCAAGUUAAAUGCGAUUCUUGCACAGAAGGCUGCAGGAAUUCUACAACUGCAGACUCGUCUGGCUCAAUUUCAGAGGCAUCUGAAUGAACAUAAUGUUUUGGUAUCUUCAUAUGGUAAUUGAUCAGAUCUUGGAGAGUGCAAAUGAAUGCAGUUACUUAUGAGUGCAAAUAUUGGGAGGCAGGUGAAGUGAUGACUCCAUUUCUUCAUUGAUGGUGGUUUCUGCAUUGUAACCACACGUGGUUACAGAGAAAUAAUGCUUUUUUGGGGACAGUGGUUAGCGGCGGAGCCUUGUCUGUUUGCCUAUUAUUAUUAUUAUUAUUAUUGUAUAAUCAGUAACUAUUCUGACUUGAGUUAAAAGAAACCUGAUAAUUAUGCCUGUGCUCACUGGCUUCUUUUUGUAACAUGUGUGGCACUGUAAUAUAUUUUUGGUAAAAAUAUCUUGUUUGGU